AAAAUGUCUGCCUCCUAGGAUGGAGUAAAUCUUUCUCGAGUUUCAACGUUCAUACUUUAACGGUAUGAGUGAUUUUGAUUCUAUUUCAAUUUGCGCUGUGAUUGCUGUAGUGUAUUAUGAAAAUAAAUCUGUUAUCUCUGAUAUAUAUUGCUUUGUUGACAAAGUCCCUAACAAAUGCACUAGUUUGCAGCUUCUUCGGCCAUGCUUGUAAAUAUGCUAACGUUCGUUAGCUAGCUAACUAGCCGUGUUAGCAGUUGAUGGGAAAUUAGCCGCCGUAAUAACUGUAAUGUACCUCUAAGGUAGCUGGUAUUAUACCAUUGUAUUUACCCUUACCGCCUUUUACUCCUACUGUAUGCUAGUGGUUAAAUACUAGCAAACUACCUAGCUAAUAUUGUGGAUCAACCUUACUUAGCCGAGGAACGCUCAACUCCGUUCUCUUAUAUCGAGGCGGAGUUGAAUUUUUAACUGGUUGCGGGAUUUUCUAGCAACAACACUUUAAUCACCAUCAAUCUAUUCUUGUAAAAACUCAAUUCUGAAAAGGUUUACCUGAAAUUCAUACUUGUAAUAAAAACGUUUAUGGAAUACAAACAUCUCAUUUGUGUUGCGCAACUCAGCGCGAAUUUGCAUGUGCCAAUUGAAUCUCCUCUGACGUAGUAAGUAGUACCAGCAACACAAAUGAGGAAAAGGUAGGUGGUUGUAUUCGAUAGGUUGUUAUUAAAAUUAUGAAUUUCAGCGCCCCACGGAAGGACCGCAGUUGUACAGGACUAACAUAGGUUCAGGUAACCGUUUUCAGAAUCGACUGAUGGUUACUCAACGUUGUUGCUAGCAAAUCCAUCGACCAGUUAUCAAAACUCAACUCCAACUCGAUAUAAGACAAUGGAGUUGAGCGUUCCUCAGCUAGAUCUAGCUAUGGUAGCUAGGUAUCACCCACAGACUGAAAGAAGAAAAAACACUGUAUUUAGCUAUCCCUUUCUGUGCACUCACUCUUCUGCCCAUAACUGCGUCAUCCACAGAUGUCAUCAACCGACACACAGCAAGCAACAAUGCCAGAUGUUAUGAAGACAGAGACGAUCCCCAAGGAUCUAAAUAAACAGAACAUGUCAGAACUCCUAAAGAAUGACAAUAAGCCAGUGCUUCCGAUAAAAGACAAGAAACCAGGGCUUCUGACAAAAGACAAUAAUCCUGCGGUUCUAAAGAAGAAAAAGAAGAAGAAGCCUGAGAUUCCGAGAAGGAAGAAGAAACCAGAUGAUCCCAGUAAGCCAGUUCCAUUAAACCUGAACAACGAGGUGGUGAGGAUGAGGAAGGAGGUGAAGAGGGUGAGGGCACUGGUCAUCAGGAAGCUGACCAGGCAGAUAGCAGGUCUGAAGAAGAAGAAAGGGAAGGAGGAAGAUCUGGAGAGGAACCGGAGGAGGGUAGGAAGACUGCUGGAGGAAAUCCAUGAGAUGAAGACACUCAAACCUGAUCCGGUGAGUGCUUCUUCUUCGCUAAUUACAUCUCACCUACAUUAUUAUUACUUCCUUAUUUGGAAUACUGCAUGCUCACAUUUAGUACAUUAAUUCACUUAAUUCCCAAGCCAUUGUAUAUGUGUUUAUACACAUUGCUGGUGGAAGGAGUGAGUUCCUUUCAUGCAAUGUAAUGUAAAGCUUUUUUUACUUUGAGUAAAGUAUCCUGAUAAGUAUUAAUUUAUCAGAAAAGUACAAACUCUUUAGUGCAGUGUACUUCAGUGUACUUUACAUAUCAGAUACAUGUUUAAUUUUUUACUUAAUUGGAAGUUGAAUACUGCAGUGAAUAUUUAGGUUUAGUGCAUGUAUUCAUGUCAGUCCCAGACCAUUGCAAAUGAACAGUCCCAAAACCAGAUCAUAAUAAUUACUGUUGUUUAUUGUUAUUUCUAGGUGACCAAGGCUGCCCUCCAGAAGAACCUGAGUUUUGAGUUUGUCUGUAAGAACCCAAAGGCCACCAUCUCUGACCGAGCUGUAGCCCGUAUCGCCACUCACCCCCAGUUCAGCAAGAAGAUAGACACCAUCAAAGCUGCCAUCAAAGCCUUCAAGGAUGAAAGGAUGACAGUGGAGAAAGGAGAGAAGAAAGGAACGGUUAAAAAACAGCCUUCAGAGGUGGUAGAGGUGAUCGAGCAGCCGGAGGACAGUGAUGGGAGGAGGGGUGGAAGAGGGGAAGGGAGAGGUAGAGGGAGAUGAAGACGAGAUAGAUGAGGAGGAAGAUGGAACACCUGUGGAGAGUCUAACGGUUGAUGAACCAGCUGUUAUAGAAAAGCAACCUGUUGAUAAGACUGUUAGGGUUACAGAAGAAGAAACUUCCCCAUUAGAGAAUAAAGAGUCCCCCAUAGCGAGUACAGUAUCUGACCCUCAGCCCAAGGAGAUGUCAGAGGCUGAUAAGACUCUGACAGACUCAUCCACUCCCUUCACAAUAGAGGCACCACAAAUAGUACCUACACAGAACAUAGCGACCAUGAAAAACACACCACAGAAGCAAGUAACCCAGAAACUCACAAAGGACACUCCAGCCACUCAGAAGACUCAAGACCCCAAACCCCAGAAAGACUCUAAACCUCAAAACAAGGAGGAGGACAAAGAAGAAGGAGAAGAGGAGGAUGAUGAGGAAGAGGAAAGCGACUUGGAGUCUUCGGAAGAUGAGGAAAGCGACUUGGAGUCUUCGGAAGACGGAGAGAAGGAGUAUUUUGACGACAGCACGGAGGAGCGUUUCCGUAAGCAGUCCUCCCAGUCGGAUGAGAGCGACAACGACGACUUCUUCCUGGGGAAAGUCACCAAAUUCAAGAAGAAGAAGAGUGACACGGCUACAGCGCCACCAGGAGGAGGGGAGGGGAAGAGCAGCGUGCUGGGGAAAAACCCACUGCUGGAACCACUGGAGAGCUUAGAACCACACCAGACAGAACUGGAUGAACUGGAGUCCAGGUUGAACUCCAGGGGGAAGUCUGUCUUCUGCUCCAGCCUGUCUGGUUCCAGAGGUGGCAGGGGUGGAGGCAGGGGUGGAGGUAGAGGUGGUGGCAGGGGUGGAGGCAGGGGUGGAGGUAGAGGUGGAGGCAGGGGUAUGGGCCGAGGAGGGGACUUCAAGAACCGGGGAAGAGGGGGACAUGAUAGGGGUUCUGGAAGGGGAAGGGGAGACUUUGGCCGGCAACAGGAACGCAGAGGGAUCUCCUCCACCCCUUCAUCUCAGCCACCACAGCAGGCUCUGCACCCAUCAUGGGAGGCCAGUAAGAAGAGGAAGGAGCAGCAGACUGUGAUAGUGGCCUUCCAGGGAAAGAAGAUCAAGUUUGAUGAUGAUUGA